AGUUCAGCUUAUCUCUGCUCUCCCAAAUAUCCUGUUUCUUCGAGCUGCGCAUCCAGAACCAAUAGAAAGCUCUUCCUGCUGCGGGCUGACUUCACUUCCAGCUUUAGCACAAUCUCAUCCGCUCCAAACCGUGCUCGGCAGAACCGUGACUCACACGCGCCGCCGUAAACACACACAGACACACAGGAGCGGCGUGAGGACGGCCCGUCCUGCUCCAGCAUGGCCAGCACCAUCAAGGAGGCGCUGUCGGUGGUGAGUGAGGAUCAGUCUUUAUUCGAGUGUUCGUACGGUGCGCCUCAUUCUAAGACGGACAUGACGGCCUCCGCUGCCAGCGAAUACGGCCCGAGCAAACUCAGUCCCAGAGUGCAUCAGCAGGACUGGCUGGCUCCGCCCACCGGACGCAUCACCGUCAAGCUGGAGUGCGGCGCGGGAUCCAGAGCCUCUCCUGAUGUGUGUGCUGCGGUGAAGGGUAAGAUCUCUCCAGGGAUGUACAGCAGCUUUAUGGAGGACAAGCACGCACCGCCCAACAUUACCACCAGUGAGCGCAGAGUGAUCGUCCCUGCAGAUCCGAGCCUGUGGUCGGCGGAUCACGUGCGUCAGUGGCUGGAAUGGGCCGUAAAGGAGUACGGGCUUCCCGAGGUGGACCUGUCUCUCUUCCACAGCAUCGACGGGAAGGAGCUCUGCAAGAUGAGCAAAGACGACGUCCAGCGUCUGACCAGCAGCUACACGGCUGACAUCCUGCUGUCUCACCUGCACUACCUCAGAGAGACUCCACUUCCUCACUUGACUUCAGAUGAUGUUGACAAAGCCUUGCAAAACUCCCCGCGGUUAAUGCAUGCUCGUAAUACAGGAGGAGCAAGCUUCAUCUUCCCAAACACCUCCGUCUUCCCUCCAGACGCCAGCAGAGGACCCAGCCGAGCAGACGUGAGUUUUGACGCCAGGCGCUCUGGAUGGACUCAGUCGGCGUCUGCAGCUAAAGUUUCUCAGAGUUCUGCUGCCAUCAUGACCAAAACCGAAGAGCAGAGGGCUCAGUUAGAUCCAUAUCAGAUUUUAGGGCCGACAAGCAGCAGGCUGGCGAAUCCAGGUUCGGGUCAGAUCCAGCUGUGGCAGUUCCUCCUGGAGCUUCUCUCCAACAGCUCCAACUCGUCCUGCAUCACGUGGGAAGGAACCAACGGCGAGUUCAAGAUGACGGAUCCGGACGAGGUGGCGCGGCGCUGGGGCGAGAGGAAGAGCAAGCCCAACAUGAACUACGACAAGAUGAGCCGAGCCAUGCGCUACUACUACGACAAGAACAUCAUGACCAAAGUGCACGGCAAGCGCUACGCCUACAAGUUUGACUUCCACGGCAUCGCACAGGCCCUGCAGCCGCAUCCGCCCGACUCCUCCAUCUACAAGUACCCCGCCGAGCUGUCCUACAUGAGCUCGUACCCGCACCCGCAGAAGAUGAGCUUCGUGUCUCCACACACUCAGGCCAUGAACGUUGCCUCGUCCGGCUUCUUCGGCGGCCCGGGUCCAUACUGGAACGCUCCGGCAGCGGCGGGAAUCUACAGCGGACCGCGACACCCCGCCGCGCACAUGCCCUCGCAUCUGGGCUCCUACUACUAGACAUCUCAAACAUCUCAAGAACACACCAGACUGGAGAGAGCAACCCAUCCGCCGGCGCUGCUGCCAGAGAAACACUCGCCGUAUUUAGACAGGAGACUAGCCAGAAGCUUAGCCGGAAUGUGAACGUGGCUGUAUAGCAUGUUAAUGAGCCGCUGCAUGAUCAAGUAUAUAUGUUCAUGCGUGCCUUAUUGUACAAACAUAUCAGAGAGAGUUCAGAAGGUCUGAGAGAGAGAAGGUGAGAGGAAGAGGAAGACAGGACUGAGGUAUGAGAGAGGAUGAAGAAUGAUGGCCGUUCACAUGAAGGACGAUAACGUAGGGCUGCACGAUAACGGUUAAUCGCGAUUACUUGCUCAAAAAAUAUAAUCACAUAUUUUCUAUUUCAUCAGAUUGAUUGCAGUUUCACAUAAGCAUAAAUCAACUUGCUUUCGAUUUAGUUUCAGCAAGCAGCGCAAACAGACUGGCUUUAUUAUGCUAUUAUUUGAGCAGAAUAUCUCAGUAAAGACUGAUGAUCUCCAAUAUUUUCUAUAAUGCAGAGAGAGCGCGUGCGCAUGGUUGCCAAGUUGGGAAUAAAUUAAAUAAACCACCAGGGUUGCCAAAUCCACCGUUUUACUGUUAUGCGGGUUGUUUUUGAAGUCUCCGGGUUAAAGUGAUCUCCCCAGAACACUAUUUUCGACAGAAACCACAUAAAACAUGAUUGGGCUAGUUUUGAUUAUCAAAUUUUUUUUGGCAACCCUGUAAACCACUGGACAUAAAAUGUAUCAAUUUAAGAGAAAAGCUUUGAUUGGGGGAUUUAAACACUUUACAUCUGGCAACCGUGAACACUUGUAAAGGCUUGCUACCAAUGCAAAAUAAUGGCAAUGUCAAAUAAAAAUGAAGUGUUUACAGGAUAAAUAACCAGCGGGCAAAUAUUGCAGACAGUUAUGCUUAACGAAAUUAAGCAGAGAAGCAAAAAUGGUGAUCAUGAUUAAUAUAUGAUUCAUCAUGCAUCAUGAUAAAGGAAUAACGAGUUCAUGCCACAACUAUAACGAUAACGACACAAAUUAACGAUUUCGUUGGAAUCACUUUCAGGGCGAUUUUUUUUUUCCAGACGACGAGUGAUAAAAACAUUGACAGCCAAUCAGAAUCCACCGUCUUUAAAGAGCUUGGGCAUUUAAAGCGACAGGUUUAUAAUAAACAGCCAAUAUAGUUAUCGUUCUUAGUGUGAACAGGCCUCUUGCCAAAUUUAUCAGUAUUAUGUCAUUCGUGUGGCAUCAGAGAUUGAAGUUUGCCUUAAAAAUGACGAAUCUUUGUAGAAAACUGGAAGCUUUCAGACGUUUUAAUGACCUCAAACCUUUACAGACAGGUGCAUUUAUAUGAAACAGUGCCUUACAGAGAGAAACAGAUUUACCAAAGAUACCAGUAUUUGUAUUAUUAUUAAUUAUUAUGACGAUGUUCCGAGUCGCAAACGCUGUGCGUUUGUUAGAUUGAAGUAUACAAUUAAUUCAGUGUUAUAAUUCUUUUUCUAUAAUAGAUAUAUAACUUAUGCAUUUAAACACUACGAGUUGAGCUCAGCCAGCCGAACAGACAUGUAAUCAGAGACGUAGAGAAACGGAGCGCACUCGUGUGAUUCUCUGUAUGAUGGGUGGUGUACAGUGAACACGCGUGUGUUCGUAUGACGCUGGACUGGCGCGGCACACGGGCUCAAACCGACUGAACCCAGAUCAGAUCAGUUCGGUCACAAGCCCUGAUGCUCUGAGAUUGUUGACAAAGGGAAGAAAACAUAUAUUUGGAUAAAUUAUAUGGUUUUCUACUGAAUCAUUUUAAUAAACUAUUUUCAGCAAUGGUGUUCUUAUUGCUUUGAGUUAAGAAACACUCUCAUUAGCUGGACCACAAGCCCCACUCACACACACACUCAGACACACACGCU